AUGAACCGCAAGAGAGACAAUUCCUCCUACCCUUACCGCCACACACCGGCGCGAAUUUCGAAACGCCGGCGACCGUGGGCGCCUCCGUCAUCAGAAAACGAUGAGAUCAUCGACAAACCGACCAGCAAACCACCGCCUCCACCGGUGCUGGUCGUUCUCGGACUUCCCGCCAACUGUUCAGUACUUGAGCUGAAAUCCCGAUUCGAGAUCUACGGCUCGCUCUCCCGAAUCCGAAUCGACAAAGACGGGGUUGGCACCGUUUCGUAUCGCAGCGCCGAGUCAGCAGAAGCCGCCAUUGCCGGUAGUCUCGAGCCUUCUUUCGGUAUCUCCAUCGAUUCCAAAAAGUUGCAAGUGGUUUGGGAGACGGAUCCAUUGGUGAAGUGGAGGGAAGGUGUGACGGUGGGAGACGGAAAGGAUAAAACGUCGCCGUCUUUAUCAUCGAAGCUUCUCCGACCUGAGAUGCCUCUAAGAAAACAUGGGAGAAGAAAUAGGCUAGCAUCAGCCAUUGUCAAUCCGAGAAGCAGUAAUUUGGACGGAGAGAGCGGCGGAAAUCUAUCUCCGGUGGCGAGAACGGAAUUCAAACACAGAGAGAUUUUAGCCUACGAUGAUAUCCUUUAA